CACCACAAAUACCCACCACACGGCAGGCUAGAAAGGUCGAGAGCGUCGCCACUCCCGCCUGCCAUCACCGCAGCAGCGCUACGCCCGGCGCCAUCGUGCCAGUGACGCCCGGCCUUGCUCGUCGUUGCCAUCCCCGCCUUUUCGCCGCCUCCUCGCCGCCUCUGGUUUUCCGCGCUGCGCCCCCCUCGCUGCGGAUUUGUACAGCGGAACGGCGCUCGGUGCACUGCGCUGAUUGCUGGCGGAUCUUCGGCCUUCCCGCCCCCAUGGCGUCAGUGCUCCGCGCGCGCGUGCUCUCCGGCGCGCUCCGCCUGCGCGCCGCUGCGCCCAAGGCAGCGGCGAAGGGCGCUAAGAAGGGGAAAGGCGACGCCGCUGCUUCAGACGCCGCCCGCGCGUCGUCCGUGCCGGCGGAGGUGCGCGCGGCGACGGUGGUGGGCGGCAACAUCCUCAAAACAGGCUCCGACCCCAACGUGCUGCCCGACAGCGAGUACCCCGAGUGGCUGUGGACGCUGCUGGACCGCAAGGCGCCACUGAGCGAGCUCAAGAGAAAGAGAAUCGAAGACAUGGGCAUGGGGGAGUUGGAGCGCCUGGUGAAGUUGGACAACCGGGACAGAAUACGAGCCACCAACGCCACCAGGGCCAAGGCAUGAGCUGCAUGCACCAGGGCCAGGGCAUGAGCUGCAUGCACCAGGGCCAGGGCAUGAGUUGCAUGCACCAGGGCCAGGGCAUGAGCAGCAUGCAUCAGGGCCAGGGCAUGAGCUGCAAGCCUGAAUGAACAAUGGCAUUGCGACGACCUCGUUCUCACUCUUACGCACCCCUGGAGGCUGGAGCCCUCAGGGCAAACUCUCUAAAAAGUGGGCAGUGCGCCCCUCAUGGCUGAGCCAAGAGGACCCUCUCAGCAGGGCUUUGAAAAAAGAGCAUCCUGGGCUCUAUGGUCAAAGCUUUUAAGUUUUAACACUACGUACUACCGUAAAACCCCGGAUAUAAGACCGGUUUUUCUAAGUACCCACUGGGUCCCAUUGGCGGGGGGGUACUUAAUUAUGGUAUUCGACUAAUAAGACCAACCAUUUUCGCUCCGUGCUAUAAGACGUUAGUUUAGACUGUCAACUUAUACAUAUUA